ACGCCGUAAGUUUCUACGACCCAUUCUUUCGUUGUCUUUUGUCAUGUUGCUUUCUACGCUCGCGGUUGUUUUGUGUGCGGUUGCGCGGAUUGAUGCGCGAUCAAUUGGGAGACGUACACAGAUUAUCGAGGAGAAGGCUGCAGCGAACAGGACAUAUGAUUUUAUAAUUUCCGGGGGAGGAUUAGCAGGUCUCACAGUGGCAGAUCGAUUGACAGAAGAUCCCUCAGGUUCGUCAACUCCAUUGAAAAACUAACUCUCCGUUACUAAAAGAAAAGUAGUUUCGGUGCUUGUAAUAGAAGCUGGUCCAUUGGAUGCCAGAGAUGACACUGUUCUGAUACCCGGGUCAUAUAACCCGUUUCCCUACCUAUGGCAAGGAGUCUUUACUCCUCCCCAACCAGGGCUGCUGAAUCGCGUCUUUAUGGUUCUGAUGGGUAAGGUAGUGGGUGGUGGGUCUGCUGUAAAUGCAAUGUUCUUCCAUCGGCCGUCUGAGAUUGAUCAAGCUUCUUGGGUGAACUUGGGGGCUACGGGGUGGUCUUUCUCUGAUCUUCUGCCGUAUUAUAAAAAGGUUAGCCAAAUGACUCUUUUGUACUUGAUUGAAAAUAUUCUUACGUACAAAAAAAUAGAGCGAGAACUUUACUACUCCAGACCCAACUUUCGCAGCAGCGCGCAACAUCUCCUGGGAAGAUGGACUUCAUGGAUCAAAUGGACCGAUCCAUGCCAGCUACGCUCCUUACGACUAUCCCUCAGGUGGUAAGUAAAGACCUACCUAUCAAAUUACCUCCUCGCUAAAGAAUGACUAGAAAACUUCUGGGACGCCGGUCUCAACAUCGGCUUAAAACAAACCAAAGACCCAAACAACGGCAUCGCAACAGGAUUAUUCUACCUCCUCCGCGCACUCAAUCCCCUUACAGGCACUCGAUCAUACGCCCGUGUGGAACACUACGACCGUGUGAUCGCUACAAGACCCAACUACCAUCUCCUCCCCAACACCGUUGUCGGUAAAGUAUUAUUCAACGGCACACUCGCCACCGGAGUCGAAUUCCUCAAUGCCACAUCCGGCAAGAAAACCACGGUCUUCGCUAAAAAGGAAGUGAUUAUUUCCUCCGGAGCCGUUCACACACCUCAAGUACUCCAACUGUCGGGUGUGGGACCGAGAGCUCUGCUUGAGAGCUUGGGGAUUGAGGUUGUUGUGGAUCUCCCAGGCGUGGGACAGAAUUUCCAGGAUCAAUCUGCGCUUACUGCUACGUAUAACUGUGAGUAUCCAACUCCCACACUUUGACAGUAUUUCUUGACGCUUUUCAAUAAGAUCUUACUAAUGCCUUACCUUAUAGUCACCAACAACCUCUUCCCCAACGGCGGCUCCCUAGACACCAACACAACCUACUCCACCGAACAGCUCGCCCUCUACAACACCAGUCAAACAGGAGCCUACACCAUCGUACGAGGAACCGGAAACCAAGCCGUAGCCCUCUCCCUACAGGACCUAACACGCAACCACAGCAGCCUCCUCGCCCACGCCAAAGCCCAAGACCCAUCCUUAAUCUACGCCCCAGGAACACACCCCACAGUCCUCGCCGGCUACCUCGCGCAACGCGAGGAACUCUACUCGCUACUCUCAUCCAAAGACUCCCCCAUGGGUAACAUAUUCUGGAACACCGGGCCCUCAACCUCCAUCUACAUGCUGAAGCCCUUCUCACGGGGCAGCAUAGCCAUCACCUCUCUCUCGCCGCUCGACGCGCCGAUUGUCGACUUCUGCACGAACAGCGACGACACAGAUCUGCUCUUCCACCUCUCCCUCUUCCUCAAGAACCGAGAACUGAUGGCGCAACCCUCCAUGGCGACUCUCGGACCCAUGGAGACCGGUCCUGGUGCUGGGAUUAAUGAUGCAGAUACUGAGGGGUUGAAAACCGCGUUAGCGGGUGCGAUUGAGCCGUCGAAUGCGCAUAUGUGUUGUACGGCAUCCAUGAUGAAGGUAGAGUAUGGCGGGGUUGUGGAUGCGGAGUUAAGGGUCUAUGGGACGAGCGGGUUGAGUGUUAUGGAUAAUAGUAUUUUUCCUAUGCCUGCUGGGGCGGCGCCUUCGGCUGUUAUCUAUGCGGCUGCUGAGAAGGUAUGUUGUUCUCUCCUUGGAGUUUGUUUUGGGGGCUUGUGCUAAUUCUUUUUGAUAGGCGGCAGUUAUGAUUAAAGCUCGUCAUGGGCUGUAACUGUGGUUCCACUUGCCUACCUAAAUUGGGUAGGACGUUGGGUUUCUUGUAUAUAUUUUUGGUAAGAAAAGGUUAAACAGGACU